AUCGGUAACCGCUAAGUGGGAACUUCACCGGGAUACUUCACUGACAGGUCACACCGGUCAUUUGACUUUCCGUUAAUUUAUCCUACAUUUCUCGCGGAAGCGUCCGUUCAAUAGAUCUAGAAUAGAAAUACAACUGUAUUGGACUCUGGCUUGGAGGUGUUGUAGGUUCGUGGAGUUAACAGGUAGAAGAGAUAAGCUUGUGUUCACGUUCUUUGCCUGCAAGGGAAGAGCGAGGCGGAUUGUUCUUGAAAUCUACAGACAGCCAGCGAGAAAGGAAGAGGAGAUGCUGCACGUGCAGUAGCUAAUGGGGAUCCUAAUAAACUAAUCUAAACAGGUAGCCUACAUUCUCACCAACAUCAAUAUCCAGGUCGUAUUCCCUCCGCGCAUCUGAUUGACUUUGAUUGACGUUUGAUUGGUUGAUGUAAUGCCCAUAUAUAUCAUCGAUCGAAAAUUUUCAGAGAUACCUGGUGAGUCGUUACAGCCAGCAGCUGAAGGAGUGUUGAGCAUGGUGGAGACCGUCCCCCCAAAGUCGGCUAAGAAGCCCCACUGGACCUCUCUGGAGAUCGGCCUGCUCACCAUCGUCUCCCUCCUCUUCAUCGUCAUAUUGGCCCUCAUCGUCCUCUUCGCCACACAGAGGACUGACAGUGAUGGUGUCUGCACCACGGCGGACUGUACUCAGGCAGCGUCUCGUCUGAUAGAGAACAUGGAUGCCAAUGUGGACCCGUGUGACAACUUCUACCAGUACGCCUGUGGAGGCUGGUUGAAGAAGAACAUCAUCCCAGAGACCAGCUCCCGAUACAGUACCUUUGACAUCCUACAAGACGAACUGGAGGUGGUCCUCAAAGAUGUUUUGGAGAAAAGCGUGAAGGGGGAGGCCAGUGCCCUCACUAAAGCCAAGACCCUCUACAGAUCCUGCACCAAUGAGAGUCAGAUUGAGAAAAGGGGCGGAGCUCCUUUACUAGACAUGCUCCCUAAUGUAUUUGAGUGGCCAAUAGCAACCGACCACUGGGAGAGUGUCUAUGGUGACACAUGGAAGUUGGAGGAUGCCAUUGCCAGACUAAAUGAAAAAUACGGAACUCAUGUCUUGGUUAAUUUUUUUAUCGGCACUGAUGACAAAGACUCCAAUUCACACAUCAUUCAUUUUGACCAGCAAACCAGCCUUGGCCUCUUAUCCAGAGAUCACUAUAGCUGUACUGGGUCCUAUGCAGAGCCAUGUAGAGCAUACAAACAGUUCAUGAUAGACUUAGCCAAGCUUAUCCGCACCGACCGCAGCCUGGUGGUCAACGAGACCCAGAUCAGAGAGGAGGUCACCAGGGUCAUUGAGCUGGAGAAGGACAUCGCCAAUGCCACUGAUACUCCAGAGGACCGUAACAACCCAGUUCUCCUCUACAACAACAUGGAGCUGGGUGUUCUCAAUGCUAACUUCAGCCUGGAGGUCGACACACAAGUGUUUGACUGGAGUUACUUCACCAGGAAGAUCAUGGGGACGGUCGGCAUCACUGUGCCUGACACGGAGAGUGUCAUCAACUACGCACCUAACUACUUCAGACGACUCAACCCUGUUCUGGCCAAGUACACCAAGAGAGACCUGCAGAAUUACAUGGUGUGGCGUUUUGUCAUGAACAUGGUGGUGGGUUUGAGCAGACCGUACAGAGACACCAGGAAAGCCUUCCGCAAGGCGUUGUACGGUACCACGUCGGAGGCGGCGGUGUGGCGGCAGUGUGCCAUCUACGUCAACAACAAUAUGGACAACGCUGUUGGAAGGCUGUACGUAGAGGAGGCCUUCUCUGGGGAGAGCAAAGAACUGAUGGAAGAGAUGAUCUCUGUGAUCCGCGAGGUGUUCAUCAGUAACUUAGACCACCUAAGAUGGAUGGAUGUCGAGACCAAGAAGGCUGCUGAGGAGAAGGCACAAGCUAUCCGAGAGCGGAUUGGCUACUCCAACAACAUCAAGAAUGACACCUAUCUGAAUAACGAGUAUAGAAAUUUGAGCUACAGUGCAGAGGAGUACUUUCAGAACAUCCUUCAGAACCUGAACUACGUACAGAAGAAACGUCUGAGGAAGCUACGGGUCAAAGUCAACAAAGAAGAAUGGGUAACGGGAGCAGCCAUUGUCAAUGCUUUCUACUCUUCAAGCAAAAACCAAAUAGUGUUUCCAGCAGGCAUCCUCCAGCCUCCGUUCUUCGGUAAAGGCCAGACCAAGUCUCUGAAUUUUGGAGGUAUCGGCAUGGUGAUCGGACAUGAGAUCACUCACGGGUUCGAUGACAACGGUCGUAACUACGAUAAAGAUGGUGACCUGAAGGAAUGGUGGACGCCAAGCUCCACCCGGAACUUUGUGAAUCUGUCCAAGUGCAUUGUGGACCAGUAUGGAAGCUUCUCCUGGGACCUGGCCAACGGACAGAAUCUCAAUGGAAAUAACACUCUGGGAGAGAACAUUGCAGACAACGGUGGGAUUCGCCAGUCGUACCAGGCCUACCUGAACUAUGUGGAGAAGAAUGGGAAUGAGCCUCUCCUGCCUGGAAUAAACCUCAACCAUCAACAACUCUUCUUUCUCAACUUCGCUCAGGUGUGGUGUGGAACACAUCGGCCACAACAAGCUGUCAACUCCAUCAAAGUAGAUGUACACAGUCCAGGGAAGUUCAGGGUCCUGGGGUCCCUCCAGAACUUCCCUGAGUUUGCCAAGGCCUUCAACUGUCCCAAGAACAGCUACAUGGUGCCUGACAGUAUCUGCCGAGUCUGGUGAUACUGUAGUCUUGACACUAGCCUACCCUGAGGCUGGUAGGGGGUGAGAGGUGGGCUUGUGUCCUCUUUCCCUUCCUAACCACCUCACCUUUCCCCCUGACUGUUAGAGCACUAGUCUGGAACAGGGGUAUGUUCUAUGUUCCCUGCAGGGUGGACCAGGACUGCUACACUGACUGUACAGAACAAACAGAUUCAAUGGACUACAGAGUGCUGUUCAUAGCCAGCUCCCAGACUCUUCACCAGAUCAGCAGGGUCACUGCUUUCCACGGGAUACAGUCACGUCAAUUCAAUCUUUUUUUUGUGUGUUUGAAAAUGUACUUUUCAAUUCUACUUUUUUCCCCCGCUGCAUUUCAAUCAUGACAAUUAUUUUUUGUUGUAUACAAAAUGUGAGACUAAUGUGAGCAUCUUGAACAACAGACAAAUAUCCACUUAUUCUAAACUGCAGCUCUGUUUGUCCAAAAUGCUAUUUGUUUUACACUAUGAGGUGGGCCUCAAUAUAAACCAAAAAUAUACUAUAUAAUCAAUACAUUAUAGAUGAAUAUACAUUGACAGUAAUACAGUAAUCAGUAGUCACACUUGGGGGAUUCUAUUUGAUUGUAUAUUUAAGAAAACCACAUUUUAUUUUACUGAAUAUACACCAAUGAGUAUAACGAUAAUUUCAUGUUUUUUCUGUAUAUGUCUCUAAAUGGAUGCCAACUAUGUCUAUAAGCACGAAACACUUACGUUGUUGCCUUGGAAACAGUUGGGCGACUUAGCUGGUCAGGAAAUGACAUACAUCAAACAUAUUGCUAUUUUUAUUUUACAGCAAGAAUGUGACCUUGAUUCAAACUGCUCUGUCCAGCAGAGGAGGCUGGUGGGAGGAGCUAUAGCAGGACGGUUUCAUUACAGUGGCUGGAAUCGAACCAAUGGAAUGGUACCAAACAUAUGGAACCAACGGAAUGGUACCAAACAAAUAGAACCAACGGAAUGGUACCAAACAAAUGGAACCAACGGAAUGGUACCAAACAAAUGGAACCAACGGAAUGGUACCAAACAAAUGGAACCAACGGAAUGGUACCAAACAAAUGGAACCAACGGAAUGGUAACAAACAAAUGGAACCA